GAAAACUAAAGCCCUAAACCUAAAAGAGACAACUUUCUUCACUCACAGAGCUAUAGAUGACUGAUGAGAAAAGCUCUAUGUUUAACAGAGAGUUUAUCAGCCAUAGCAGAAAACUCUACCACGUUGCUCAAUUUAAACCGGAGACUAACGGGUCUCACUCGUUCCGGCGAGAACAGAAACGCUCUCAAGCUCUUCGCCGAUGUUCACCGUUGCACAACUCUGAGACCAGACCAGUACAGUGUCUCGUUAGCUAUUACUACAGCUAGGCACCUCCGUGAUACUAUCUUUGGUGGUCAGGUUCAUUGCUAUGCGAUUCGCUCUGGUUUAUUGUGUCACUCUCACGUUUCCAAUACGCUUCUUUCGCUAUAUGAGAGAUUAGGGAACUUAGCUUCGUUGAAGAAGAAGUUCGACGAGAUUGAUGAACCUGAUGUUUAUUCAUGGACGACGCUUCUGAGUGCAAGUUUUAAGCUUGGUGAUAUAGAGUAUGCCUUUGAGGUGUUUGAUAAAAUGCCUGAGAGAGAUGAUGUUGCGAUUUGGAAUGCUAUGAUUACUGGUUGCAAAGAGAGUGGGUAUCACGAAACGAGUGUUGAGUUGUUUCGAGAAAUGCAUAAGCUUGGUGUUCGACAUGAUAAGUUUGGGUUUGCUACUAUUUUGAGUAUGUGUGACUAUGGUUCUUUGGAUUUUGGUAAGCAGGUGCAUUCGCUGGUUAUAAAAGCUGGAUUUUUUAUUGCUUCAUCUGUUGUGAAUGCACUAAUUACAAUGUAUUUCAAUUGCCAAGUGGUUGUUGAUGCUUGUCUGGUGUUUGAAGAAACUGAUGUUGCUGUUCGUGAUCAGGUUACUUUUAAUGUGGUUAUUGAUGGUUUGGCUGGUUUCAAAAGAGACGAGUCUUUGUUGGUGUUUAGAAAAAUGCUAGAAGCUAGUCUUAGACCAACCGAUUUGACCUUUGUUAGUGUUAUGGGUUCAUGUUCAUGUGCGGCUAUGGGACACCAAGUACAUGGACUAGCCAUCAAGACAGGUUAUGAGAAGUAUACUUUGGUUAGCAAUGCCACUAUGACAAUGUAUUCUUCUUUUGAAGAUUUUGGUGCGGCUCAUAAGGUUUUUGAGUCAUUGGAAGAGAAAGACUUGGUUACUUGGAACACAAUGAUCUCAAGUUAUAACCAAGCGAAAUUGGGCAAGUCUGCGAUGUCGGUAUACAAGAGAAUGCACAUAAUAGGAGUUAAACCGGAUGAGUUUACUUUUGGAAGUCUUUUAGCAACCUCUCUGGAUUUAGAUGUCCUGGAGAUGGUUCAAGCGUGUAUAAUCAAGUUUGGGCUUAGUUCAAAGAUUGAAAUUUCCAAUGCGUUGAUAUCUGCCUACUCGAAGAAUGGACAGAUAGAAAAAGCUGACCUAUUAUUUGAAAGAUCUCUGAGGAAGAAUCUUAUCUCAUGGAAUGCGAUAAUCUCAGGGUUUUACCAUAACGGGUUUCCUUUUGAAGGUUUGGAAAGGUUCUCGUGCUUGCUAGAGUCAGAGGUCCGAAUCCUACCUGAUGCUUAUACUCUCAGUACCCUUUUGAGCAUUUGCGUAAGCACUUCAUCUUUGAUGCUCGGAAGCCAAACUCACGCUUACGUCCUUAGACACGGCCAAUUCAAGGAGACAUUGAUAGGUAAUGCCCUCAUAAACAUGUACUCUCAAUGCGGGACUAUACAAAACUCUCUUGAAGUGUUCAAUCAGAUGUCUGAAAAAGAUGUUGUGUCAUGGAAUUCUCUGAUCUCUGCAUACUCGAGACACGGUGAAGGAGAGAACGCGGUUAAUACCUACAAGACAAUGCAAGAUGAAGGAAAGGUCAUUCCCGAUGCAGCCACAUUCUCAGCGGUUCUCUCUGCUUGCAGCCACGCCGGUUUAGUGGAAGAGGGACUCGAGAUUUUCAACUCAAUGGUGGAAUUUCACGGUGUGAUACGAAAUGUAGAUCAUUUUUCAUGCUUAGUUGACCUUCUUGGUCGAGCGGGCCACCUCGAUGAAGCGGAAAGCUUGGUGAAAAUCAGCGAAAAGACCAUCGGGUCUCGGGUAGAUGUGUGGUGGGCUUUGUUUAGUGCUUGUGCUGCUCAUGGAGAUUUGAAGCUAGGGAAGAUGGUUGCGAAGUUACUAAUGGAGAAAGAGAAGGAUGAUCCAUCAGUUUAUGUUCAACUGUCCAAUAUCUACGCAGGAGCUGGUAUGUGGAAAGAAGCAGAAGAGACGAGAAGAGCCAUAAACAUGAUUGGAGCUAUGAAACAACGAGGUUGCAGCUGGAUGAGAUUGUAAUUGACUUCGGUUUAACCGGUUUUAUUGAAUCGAAAACCGGUUAUCGUUUUAUUUGUUUAUUUAAUUUUUUUAUAGAAAUAGAAAAUUUGUUACAAAAGUGACAUAAAAUUUGUAGGGAGAUAAAGAAAAUUUGAC